AUGGGCAUCUUCAGCUCACUCGCGGGUCCAGUUAUGGUCGGACAAAACUACGCAUUUACUAUCGACGAAACUGAAAUGAUUCAUGAAGGCCAUCUUGCAGAUGGAUCUGUAUCUGGUCAGACUUCUCUCUCUUAUCUUAUUGCUCUCCAACAUGCUCUCACGACUGAAGCCAGAGAGGACGGUACCAUGACUUUAGUGGAGAUGGAACUGUACCAAAUGAAUGGAACCUUGGGCGGAGGUGCUGGUAAUGACGUUGGAGGAAGAGAAAGAGGAGCUGCAAGACUUAGCGAUGGAACCGUCCUCAGUCAAGACAUUUAUUCACACGCUACUAACGCAGAAGUUUGUCUCGUUUUCUUGAAUGUAUUCUCCGGCAAAAGCGCCGGCCGCACUAAACUCCGACGCACAGAUCAAGAUACCCUCGUCACCUCCAUGCUAGCCGAAUGUAACAACACCGUCAUUACUAUCAGCAUCGUUGAUGCCCGACUCGUCGACACCUAUUAUCAUAAAAUUGAAAUAAAUUAUCUACAGCCCUCCAACAUUCCAGCAUUAUCCGGCCAUUCUAUUUCCACAUCCCACACAAUAAACACUUCCAAAACUCUCAUAAACAAGCAAUGUAUAAUUAUCACAUCUCUCUUUCUAUUACUUUAA